UGGAACUGUUAAUUGUCCUGUUGAACUUCAAGUUCGGAGAGGUUUACAAUAUGAGAGCAAACCUGGGGACUCCCUCAGUAUAGAGUGUCCAGUGAAGUACUGCACAGAAAAGCCAGCCGUACACUGGUGCUUGAUAGAGGGGAUGCGUUGCCUACUUGUGAAAGAUGGGCCAACAAGACACACAGCAUGGAGAGAAGGGAAUGUGGCUGUUCUGAACUUUAUGCCGAUUCAUCAGAGUGACAGUGGACGGUAUCGUUGCAGAAUUACUCUGGGCAGCCUGAGUUCUGAGAGCUAUUCAAUAAGUGUUAUUGUUAGAGAUAACGUCAUGGUGUCUUUAGUGACUGGUUACAGGGCUGUGCUGAGUUGCUCUAAUAUGUCACUAGUGAAUCUUAUCUCAGUAGUAUGGAAGAUAAGACUAAGGGAUGGAGCUUGCUGUUUAUUAGCAUACAGGGCUGAUUUAAAUAAAACAGUCAGAACAAAUUGCAGUGAGAGGAUGGACUGGGCAGCUCGACCUGAUCAUGACCCCGCCCUUCAGAUUCACCCUGUGAGACUCUCUGAUAAAGGAAAUUACAUGUGUGAAAUUGUAAACAGGGACAGAAGUCUCCACCGGAACUACACUCUGAAUGUGUUAGAGCACGCGGGAUUUUCCCUUCUACUUCACUAUCUCCUGACAGGCGGCGCCAUUUCCUGUGUCAUUAUUGUGACUAUUUUAUACUGUACUUUACAACUCAGAGUCCUCCAGCUCUCUCGACAGGUAGCUUCAGCUUCUGUGCUAACAAAGACAGGAAAUAACAUGAGCCUGAACACCAUGGCUGCCCCAGAUAACCCCAGUGUGUACGCUUCAGGCAUGUCGGGGGUCUCGCACGAUAACCAGUCAGACGACAUUUAUGAAAAUUAAUAUUCUAACAAUACAGAACCAAAUGUUCCAGUCCCAGGUCCACUCUUGGCUGUCUAUGAAAGAUGCUUAACAAAACUUUCCCUGUAUUAACCCGCUGCCUUGGUUUAAUUUGCCAAGAAGAAUGUGUUUGGAAAUGUAAUCAAUCCAUGGCUCCGUGCAGAUGUCAGCCACUAGCUAUACCUCAUGUUUUCUCCAAAAGGCCAGAGGAACCCAGAAAACAUAUUGUAUAAAGUCAUACAAUUAUUUAAAAAACUAUGGGCCAAAUUGUGGGCUUGCUUAUACCACAUGAGGUCCCACUGAUUUCAGUGGGGUUGCACGUGUGUAAUUAGCACAGAUUUUAAUCCUGUAUUCUGAAACUAAUAUAUUUAAAUCGCAGUUAAGGAGCCCAUUUUCUUAAGUACAACUAAAGAGAAGACAUGAACAUUAACAUAUCAGUAAACACCCUGAACAUUUUGAAAAUAUGGAAAUCACAAACUAAGGUUACAUAGGUAAGGAUGACACCAACUUUAACACCGGAUUCACACAGGGCAGCCAUUUAAACAGAAAAAUUCUCUCACCCACAGUCAACCUUAACUUUGCUCCUCCAUUUGUAUUAUUAUUUUAGGGGCCAAUAACCCUUUGAGAGAAGUCAAUGGUAGUUUUCUUUUGACUUAUAAUGUCCCACUUUAACUCCUGUUAAUGCCUUGUCAACAUUGUACAUUUUAGAUUAUUGAGGAUCUGUGUGUACUGUUUGUUCUGUAGUAUUAACUGGGAUGAUUCAUGUCAACAGAUGACAUUGUAACUUCAGUUAUGCAUUGUAUCUACGUGAGUUUGUGCAGCACCACACACAAGGGUCCUGAUCCUGACUGGGGUCUCUAGGAAUCACAGUAAUGUAAAUAAAAAACAGAAUUGUUCUUAUUGUUAUGUAAUGGCCUAGAUUUCUGAUUUGGUGGGAUCAAUGGAUUGCACUUAU